UACUCUCCCUUGCAGCCAACCCUUUGAAUUUCCAUAGACAGGAAAUUUGGAUUGGCGGCAAGCUUGAUCUCGUCUAUUGCGUCUAUCAGUUAAUUCUCAUCUUCAACCAUCGAUGUGUCAUUCACCGAUCCGAUUCACGAGAUGAUACAGCUGUGCCCUUUGAGCUUUCAGGAUAUAUAUGUAAUAUGUGAACGCAAUCAUACCAAGUUUUGUCGAUUCACUUUGAUCGAGAGACCAGCUUACUCUGAAAAGGGCUCAAAUUUGCAGGCAACAACAGGAUUCAGUCUGAGAUGAGGAUAGUGGGACUUACCGGUGGGAUCGCUUCUGGGAAAAGUACGGUCUCUAAUCUAUUCAAGGCACACGGUAUCCCCGUCGUCGACGCUGAUCUCGUCGCCCGCGAUGUUUUAAAGAAAGACACUGGUGGAUGGAAAAAGGUAGUUGCAGCAUUUGGUGAGGAAAUUUUGCUAGACAAUGGAGAAGUUGAUAGACCAAAGCUUGGUCAAAUUGUUUUUUCCGAUACUUCCAAACGUCAGCUUCUUAACAAGUUACUUGCACCAUAUAUUUCAUAUGGUAUAUUCUCUGAAAUGUUGAAGCUAUGGGUGAAGGGGCAUAAAGUUAUUGUUCUCGACAUUCCUCUACUGUUUGAGGUUAAGAUGGAUAAAUGGACAAAACCGAUAAUUGUGGUGUGGGUUGAUCCCGAUACACAACUAAAGCGUCUCAUGGCUAGGGACGGAACAUCGUCUGUGGAAGAUGCAUCGAAUAGGAUCAGUGCUCAAAUGCCUCUGGAUUUGAAGAAGAGUAAGGCAGACAUAGUGAUUGAUAAUAAUGGAUCCCUAGAAGAAUUGCAGAGAUCCUUCCAAAAGGUACUUGCCCAGGUUGCUAAACCUUUAACCUGGAAUGAAUUUGCCCUUUCAAGACAGGGUGCUUUUCUUGCAUUUGUUUCCAUUUUUGUUGUUGUGCUCACAUCCAAGAUGUUGCUUAAAUAGAUCUUGCAUUAUAAAUGCAAAUGAUUAUUGUGUUAAUUUGAAUAAGAACUGAUAUAUUGUUUUAAAAUUCUCUUUUAGA